AUUGCAGUACCACAAUCUACUCACCAACAAAAGCAUAUCCUGCUAAGAGCCUGUUUACAGUGGUCAUUGUGACAUUGUGGAAGAGACUCAGAAAUAAACCUGGAGGGGAGAAUUCACAAUGAGUUGGCCAAAUUAUAAACCGAAACAUUGUAGCAUUGUGAAAUCAAUCAAUCCUACCUGCACCAUAUAAUGCUCCCAGGAAGAAAUGAGCAACUGGGAACUCCUGUGACUGACUAAAGGGGAACCGGUGGGCAAAAUCUGGCAGAACCCACCUAAUGAACCUCUCCACGGUAAGUAUAGUACAUUGAAGUUGUCUAUCAGAUUGAUCCUCAGUGGCACAAACACCAACUCAUUAUCUGGAAUCUACUAACUGGAAUGUGGUGCUUUUUUUUGUCUUCUGAGUUCAUUCAAUUUAACCAUCGUCACUGCCAUUAAAUCAUUUUGAAUCCACUCGUUUAUAAGCAGGAAAAGGGAAUAAUUCCAGAAGAAAGAAGAAUAACUCCAUCUUGGUGACCUCAUAAUGCAACUUAGUUCUGUGGAGGCCUGAAACAAUAACAAUUCCCUAGUGACAGAAUUAGAAAUAAGAAAACAAAUCUUAUGUCUACGGGGACAGCAUAGCAUACAUGGUCUUCGGCAAAGGUUCGUGCAAAGUGGGCAAGCCGCGAUGGAGCGUUUGAGGGGGGUCCUCAAGCGGGUUCCCAGAUUCCCAAGGCGUUGCCCACGAAGCAAGACCAAACCUUUCCGUGAUCCUCGUCUCAGUGGGCUCGUGCAUAGUUUGGGUGGGUUUUUGUUUGGCCUAUUCCUCGCCCCUGUGUACGGAAUGACUGCACUGUUCGUACAGAACCAAGGACUGUGGUAUUGCGUGUAUACCACGAUCGCCAUAGCUUUCCUCUUAGCAUUUGGCACAGGCCUCUCCAUCCGCGUGCGAGCGAAUGUUGUGCUCAUGAUGCCAAUGCUGUGUUCAAUGAAGGGCAAGAACUUCCUCCUGUUCUUCAUCUUCUCCAUGUUGGUCCAGGGCCCCAUGACCAACACCCUGGAAAACUUUGACCGUGCAGCGGACAGCGUGGUGUGUGGGGCCGAACUUGCCAUGAACCAGACCCAGCAGCUCGUUCCCUGAGAAACGUGUUACACUUCCUGGUCGGCAUUGGCGAGGUGUGUAAUGACAAACUUGGCACCCCUGUAAGAAGUGUAACAAGCUGUUUGAUGAUGCCCGUGAUGACUACAUGGAGCUCCUGUCUGCGUUCAACUUCCUUUGUCACAUUGUGGAUGGUUCCGCCCCCUCUGUGGUCUCACUCGAGGUUGGUUGACAUGUUGUUCCAUCAUACAGUAGAAUCACUAUCCUCACUCACCCUUACUUCCAUCAGCUGUCAGUAGUAGAGGAAGGGUAGCUGUUUGUCAUAGUGUCAGAUGAAUAAAUUAUUGUCCACAGAGAAGCAGGUUCAAAUCGCAAGAGUAGGAACCUGAGAAGCUUUAGCACAUUAUAACGCCCUGUCCAUAGAGAGGGGUUUUUUGUUCUU